UGUUUGAGUACCGUGUUCCGUUCCAUGUUCAAGUAUAAAUUGUUUAUAUAAGAUAAGGCAAGCCAGUCGUUUAUAUGUUUUGGAUGUUAAUUUACAUGAUAGAAACAUGCAAUUUAUUCAAGCCUGCACGUUGAUAUUGCUGUUUAGAAUUGCGGACGGGGGAACACUGCCUUCGAACACCGAAGAACAAUAUGGGGCACGUGAAUUGGAAGCAGAUAUUGACAUCCGAUUAGAUGAUAAUGAAGUGGAAAUUAAAGCUAUUGAAGAUACCAAAACGUUUGAUCAAAACUGUACGUUGACCAUCAAGAAGCAGGGAGUAGAAAUAAAGGAGGGUGACUACGUUACAGCUGUUCGCGGAGAGCUCAACCAGGUGUUCUGUAGCGCCUUUUGCACCGGUUCUGGAAUCACUCCGGCCCUAAAGUUCUACAAGGAAGGCAAACUUCUGUCGAGGAUUGCUAGCCAACGCCCUUAUUUUGUUUACACCACACAUGACCGGAACGCGAUCCUACACAUUGACGACAUGACCCGUCGUGACGAGGGUAAUUACACUUGCAAGGGCUGGCUUAAAGGACUCGGCUUCAGGGAAAAAUCAUUUAAGCUUGGGUUCCAAUGCCCCGCUGACCACAUUCACUGUGAUGUGAACACAUGCCUACACGAGAGCAACUUUUGUGACGGAAAACGUGACUGUGAUGAUGGGACAGAUGAACUCCAGUGUGCCAAUGCAACAGAGGUUUCAAAAAUAUGUCCUAAAGGCGAGUUUGAUUGUGAUGGGGGUCGAUGUUUCAGCCAAGACUACUGGUGUGACGAUUAUCCGGAUUGUGGCGAUGGAAAAGACGAAGCAGACUGUUUACAAGUAUUCAUUGCAGAUUGCAGUGGGCAUAUCUGCGAAAAUCAAGAUCUUUGUAUCAAUCAGGACCAAGUCUGUGAUGGUGUGGAGGACUGUUAUUUGGGUGACGACGAAAACGGUUGUGUCAUUUGCUCGGAGUCUGAAAUAAAGUGUGGGGAUGCAUGUGUUGAAAAGCAGCUCGUGUGUAGCGGCGAGGUGGAAUGCGUGGACGACUCAGUCUACUUUGAAUGUGACAACGAUCCAGCUUGCGCGGUGACGUGUGGGGACGGGAGGUGUCUGAAACGGGAGGAGAUCUGUGACGGGUUUGAGGACUGUCAGGACGGGAUGGAUGAGCGAGGGUGCCAAGGCUGUGAAUUUCCCUGUCCUCUGGAGGUAGGGAAGGCUGGCCAGCCUCAAUGUAUCGACCAGAGUCUCGUAUGUGACGGCGUUCUCCACUGCAAAGACGAGACUGACGAGCAAAAUUGCGACUCAGGCUGUGAUUUUCCCUGUGCUAUGGAGGUAGGAAGGGCUCAGUGUAUCAGCCAGAGUCUCGUGUGUGACGGAAUUCCUAACUGCCUUGACAUGACUGACGAACUAAGUUGCGGCUCAGAGUGUGAAUUCGAGUGCGGUAAUGGAGACUGUAUUCCGCGUAACUUCGUGUGUGACGGGUUCCAUGACUGUGACGACUCCAGCGACGAGACGGGAAACUGCACCUGUGGAACGGACCCGUUCCUAUGCAAGGAUGGAUCAUGCAUACUGAGAGACCAGGUGUGUGACCAGUUCGCGGACUGUGCACAGGAAGAAGACGAGCAAAAAUGCGGCUGUGGGACGAAUCCGUUCCUAUGCAACGAUGGCUCGUGCAUAGCGAGAGAAUUUGUGUGUGAUAGUUCUCCGGACUGUGCGGAGGAAGAAGACGAGUUCCAAUGCGAAAAUAAAGUUCCGUGUGCAGAAGGACAGUGGCGCUGCCCUGACGGAAGGUGUAUCGCCAACGACCAGGGAUGUGACGAGCAAGGGGGAUUUACUGCUGGAACUGUGUAGAUCCACUUUCAAAAAGACGUUGUUCACUGAAGGAAUAUAUUAUUGUCUUGUAUAUUAUUAACGAAACAAAUUUGAUUAAAACAUGUUUAAAUGAACUGGUUCAAACUGUUAAAAAUGCCGAAAUAACUUUUUGCAAACCCCGGUCCGUGAUUUUUUAAAACCAGCUUUCAGUUAAUGAAAUAUGUUUUUAAUAUUUACUAUCUUUGUGUAGUGUACUGAUUUGAAUAAAUACGCAUAUACAUUUAAAAA